AUGCGCGCCGCGGGGACGCUCAGGCUCCUGGUCGCUGCCCCCGUGGAGGCAAUCGCCGCCGAGGGGCCGCAGGCCCUGGCCAUCGAGCCGGGCGACGUGGUGGCUUGCGAGGCGGCCGACUCCGAGGGCUGGGCCCUGGCGUCCGUGGUGGCACCGGUGCGCCUGGCGGGCCGCAGCGGGUGUUUUCCGUGCGACCGCGCGAGGGUGGCCAUCGCCGAGCUGAGGCGGGGCCCCGAGGGCGACCGCCUCGAGUUCUCGCGGGGCCUCUGGGAGGAGCUGCAGAGGCCGCGCUGCGCCACCAAGCAGGAGCAGCUCCGGCACCGGGUGCUGCAAAACCGCCUGGGCGCCGCGCGGGCCGUGCUGUGCCGUAGGGCCACGGCCGCCUCGCCAGAGAGCGGUGCGGCACGGGCGGCGGCUGGCCGUGCGGUCGAGGAGGCGGCUCCCCACGCUGCGAGCCACAGAGCAGCCGGUGGACAGGCAAGGCGAAAGCGCUGA